CCACCACGCGCUCGCGCCUAGGAACACCGCACGGCAGCGCACCGGAGUACGUCAUGUCCGGCAGUCUCACCCCGAAAUGCGACGUGUACAGCUUCGGGGUGGUGUUGUUGGAGAUUCUGAUCACAGGGAUGAAGUGGGUAGACAUGAAAAGACCCGUCAAGGAGGAGCGAGACCUGCUGGAGUACGCGCGGCCGAAUCUCGAAGACCCGGUUAAACUGGCAGGGAUCAUGGAUAAAGCAUUGAAGGGCAUCUACCCAGUGGCAGCCGCACACAAGGCUGCCCUGGUCACAUACAAGUGUCUCCAUGUCAAACCCGAGGACAGGCCAGACAUGUCGGACGUCGUGAAGGCGCUCGAUCUGCUUACCGACGCCGCCAUCAAGGAGGAUCAGUUGCCGGUGCCGGCGCCUGUGUCGCCCAACUCCAACCUGCACAGGUUCACCUUUGCGGAGCUGAGCGCCGCGACCGGAGGGUUCGCCUCAAGAAACAAAAUCGGCAGCGGCAGUUUCGGGACGGUGUACAGGGGAUCCCUCGAGGACGGCAUCCGGCUGGGACUCCCGGCGCAGCCAGUCGCCGUCAAGAGAGUGCGUGCUGACGACUACCACUCCGAGGAACAUCUGAAAGAUUCGAUAUUCCUGGGGGAGCUGCAGCCGCGGCAGCCGAGCCUGGUGAAGAUGAUCGGCUACUGCUACGAGGGGCUGCACAGGCUUCUCGUCUACGAGCUAAUGGGCCAUGGCAGCUUGGCAAACUACCUCUCCAGUGUAUAACAAUGUCAAGCUAUCAGACCUGUGGUUCGCCAGAAAAUACGGGAAAGGUGACGAUCCUAACGUGUACACACUCAUAACAAGUGGGUACGGCUCUGCGCCGGAGUACGUCAUGUCCGGGGACUUCACCAAGAAGAGCGACAUGUACUGCUUCGGAGUGGUGUUACUAGAGAUCCUAACCGGGCAGAGGUUGUCCUGGUUGGCCUGUGCUUCAGAACAGAACCUGCGGAACCUACGACCACGUCUGAGAGACCCGCUCAAGCUAGGGAGGGUCAUGGACCCGGUGUUGAAAGACAUUUACCCGGUGACAACGGCACAUGAUGCUUGCAUGGUCGCAUAUAGGUGCCUUCACGCAAGCCCCGGGAAACGUCCAAGCAUGUUGGCUGUUGUGGAGGCGCUUGAUUUGCUUGUUCGUGUCACCAUCGUG